UGAAGAGAGAACUGAAUAAAAUUAUAAAAUGAACUAAUCCAAAAAUGAGCCAAUACAUAAUAGGAAUAGUGUUACUCAAGUAUAUAUAUAUUUUACUAAUGCUUAAUUCAGGAGGACAUACAAUAGAUUUAGAAGGAUUGUUAUCACAAAGAUUGUCUGAAGAUAAAUUAUUGAUUGUACCAGAAGAAAUAAGUGCUUAAAUACCUCCAAGAGUUCCAUUGGAAGUUCGAACAUUAUAAAAUAAGGUGAAAAAACUAAAAACAAUAAAGAUGGCUAAACUACCAACAAAAACAUAGUUUAUUAUGGAGUUAAAUGAAAACAGCGAUUAUAGGGAAUUAUUAAGUUCUAUUGAAGAUUUAGAAAGGAACGAUUUGAAAAAGGCAAAAUCUCGAUUACUUAAGAUUAUAGAUAAUUCAAAAGAAGGUAUAAGAGAAGCUGAAUCAAAAAUUGAAUAAAAACAAAGUUCUCUCAUUUGUAUUUAAGCUUUUUACUACUUGAGUAAAGUCUAGUAAUCUGAAGGUCUAAUUGAGGAAGCAGUUGCAACAUAGAAAAUGAUUUUGUAAAAUUUUGACAUAGCUGAUCUACAUAUAAAAGGAUAGUUAAUGUUGAGUUUAGGGAAUUUAUAUAGAAUUUUGCUUAAAUUUUAGGAAGCUGCAGAUAAAUUUUAUUAAGCUCUAAUAUUAUAUGAAAGACUGAAUUGGAAAGUACAAUAGGCUGAUUGUUUAUUAUAGUUAGGGAUUGUAUAUGCACUUUUAAGUAGAUAGUUCAUGUUAUUAAAGAUGAUUACGAAUCUGCUAAAUUGAUUACCUAUGAAGCCUUAGAAAUCUAUAGGGAAAAUAUCAUAGAGGAUAAUAUUAAAGUUGGGAAAGCAUAUUAUGCUUUGGGAAAAAUCUUUUAUUAUUCUAAAGCUUUUGAAGUGGCUAUUGAAUAUUUGUUGAAGAGUCUAAAAAUUCAUUCUGAUUAGUAUUUUGUUGUAUAAAUACUUAGUUAUGGAAAUGAUUAUGAUUUUAACUUUGUUUAAAUCUACAAUCUAUUAGGAAUAAUAUAUUAGGUUUAAUAGCAACUGGAAACUGCUAUUGAUUAUUAUACUUUAGCUGUUAGAUGUUAUAGAGGAUCCUUUGAUGCUCAAUUAGGAUAAAUACUAAAUAAUAUUGGAGUGGCAUAUCUUGGUUUAAAGAAAUUAGAUUUAGCUAGUGAUUUUUUUAAUAAUGCCGAUUAAGUUUACAGCAUUUACUUUGAGUAAACUAACAUAUUAAGAAAACGAGUACAAGUUAAUCUUGAAUCUAUAAAAGUUAAAUUAUGA